AUGGCACCAAAAGAACCCAAACAAAAAUCCAUUAUCAAGAAAUCCCACCCGGGCGGAAAACCAAAGGGACCAAAACCCCCAAAGCCCCAACCGCGCAAACCACCACCACCACCAUCAACAGCAACAUCCCACAUCAUCCAGACACCAAAACUACAACAACCGCCCCUCCCAACAACCUCCCCCUGCGGCAACCUCCCCCUAAACUGGCCUUCCAACCUCCCCUACCUCACCGCCCCUCUCUUCUCUCCCCUUCUCACCCCCUCCCACUACUCAGCCCUUCGUACUCGUCCACCAGCAGAUUCCAUCGAGCCGCUCGACGAGUUACCAGCCAAUUAUGCGGCAGGACCAUGCAAAAAGGCAGUCAUCUUGCCCAUCACAGACAAGAGACAUCCAGCCUGUGGCCAAGCAGGUCUGUUUGCCGCGAGGGACUUGAAGCCGGGAGAGUUGGUGGUGAGGUACUUGGGGGAGAUUCAUCCGGGAGGGGAGGAGUGGGGUGGGAGGUUGGUUUUUCCUUCUAGCGAAGAAGAGAAGGAGGGGGAGGAGAAGGAGAAGGAGGAGGGUGAUGAGGAUGGAAAAACAGAUAAAGUGAAACAACUGGUGGAGGAAGAGAAAGAAGAAGAAGAACAGGUCCAGUACAACUACAAACAAUCCGACUACGACCUCUGGCUCGACCACGCCCUCGACCUCGCCAUCGACGCCGCGCGGUGCGGCAACGAAGCCCGUUUUGUCAAUGACUACCGCGGCGUUCCCAGCCCUGCCUUUCCACCGGGAUAUAAACCCCAAAGCAAAAAAGAAGAACUUUUCAUGAAGCGGCCCAAUGCCGAGUUCAAGGUGGUCUGGGAUCCGCUAAGGCAAGAAAGGACUAUGGCGGUCUAUGUCCUGCCGGCGGGAAAGAAGGCUGUGGGAAGGGCGAGGGAGGUAGGGGUUGCCAGGGGGGAGGAGGUGGUGGUUAGUUAUGGGAAGGGGUUCUGGGAGGGGAGGAGGAAGGCGGAGGAGGAGGGGGGGUAUGAGGGUUAG